AUGGAUCCUAACCUUCCUAAUUAUGCACAAUAUUUAGGAAAUUAUGAAGAUUUAGAUCCAACCUUCAUUAAUCACCCUGCUUUUCAACAAUUUUUACAAAAAAUGAGUAGUACUUCUAUUCAAAAUACUCCCCAAGAAAUUUCUCCAGUAACACAACCAUCUUUUGAUAACUAUAAACAAUCUCCGGUUGGUAAUCAAGGAAGCAAUUCUGAGUUUGGUGAAGAUGAAGAACAUAUUCCGGAGACCCCGGAGUACCCUCCAGAACCGCUGACGCAACCAUCGCCGGUAAAUCAACAACAACAACCCUCUCGUAUUUGGUCUGUAGCGGAAGAUGAGGCACUAAUUGCUAGCUGUUUGGAGCACUGCACUGAUAAAUUAAUUGGGUCAAACCAGAAAGCAUCAUUUUUAUGGCAAAAGGUUUCUGCAUCAUAUGAUUUGGCUCAAAGUGAAAAGCCACAUAUCUUGCCACCAAGAACAACUAAAAUGUUGGAGAACCGUUGGAGACGAAUUGCUCCAGAUAUUGGUUUGUGGGGAAGUUGUUAUGAAGAAGCUGGUAAACUUGGGAGUGGGUACAACGAGGAUGACCGAAUACAAAAUGCUCAUAAGAUAUUUCGUAACUCUGUACGUCCCAAGCCUAGGAACUUCUUAUGUGAGCAUGGUUGGAGGAUGGUCACUAAAGAACCAAAGUGGAGGCCGAAACUUCGGUGGGCACUAUCUAAAGAAGAAAGGAAGGCAAUGCAACUACAAGGGGGUGUAGAUGAUAAUCAACAGGACAGUAGUGGAAGUGGGAAGAGACCUAGAGUCGAUGGAGAUGAUAUGACCGACUCAUCUGGCGGUGGAUAUUUCUCUGGAGGACGACUCCCUCGACCUGAUGGUGUUAAGACAACUAAGGCAAAGCGCAAAGGUAAAGGAGUUGCAAUGAAGGGGGCGGUUCUUAGUUUUACUGAGGAAAUGCAUGCAAACACCGAGGUUAGACUUCAUGAGGCCAAUGCACGCCAACAAAGAUUAGAGAUGGAAAGGGCAAAGGAACAAAGGAGGCAAAAACAAAUGGAAUUAACUGAGCAACAAAUGCAAUUUGACCAAAUGAAAAUGAAGUUUGACAUGCUUCAAACUUUAAUGUCCAAGGCAACACUUACAGCCGGUGAAGAAGCAUUUAGGGACAAAUUGAUGCAAGAACUAUAUGGUGGUAAUUAA